CGUCUUAUAUCACUACACCCCAACAACACACACACAAUCCUGGAGGAACUCUGCAGGCCAGGCAGCAUCUAUAAGAAAGAGUACAGGACAAUUAUGGGACCAUGACAUCGCAACUCCAGUGCCCUGACUGACUUCGGCUCACAUUUCCUUCUGGACCAAGUCCCCACGGGAAGCCAGGGAUCCCAGCGAUGUUCCCUCCGCUACUGUACAUCCCAGUGACACCCUCCCCCUGACCCACAAGAUGAAGUUCAUAUUCAAGUUUUUUUGUCACUGUCGCAGAUAAUCAGGGGAUAAAUGACAUGAAAAAUGACCUUUCUCUGCCAUAGCGACACAGUUCAUUACAGACAUAACAAACGUUGGUUAAAAGGCGUAAUACUGUUUUUGAUCGCCUGUUACAGGAAGUGCGUUACUAAACUAGAAAGAGUGCACAAAAGAUUUUGCAGGAUGUCGUCUGGACUCGGGCUCCUGAGCUACAAGGAGAGGCUGUGCACACUAUUCGGAAUGUGUCAUGGAAAGUCCGGCAGACUUUGUCACGACCCAAGGCAGUCACGCCCCUUUGGGAGAUAUGGAGACUGUGCGGAGCUGGUUAUAACUCCCCGGGACAUAGCGAGGGCAGAGCAGAGCACUCGGACACAGACUCAACGUAAAGCCAGGGAAGUGAGGUCCUCCCGAGCAGAUCCCCGCACCCUUGGCUGUUUGCAGAGACGUUGCUCGGGAUUUUCGGGAGUCGCAAGUUGUGAAAUGAAUUCUAAAUGUUUGCGUGAAUGGUACUGAAGUUUGAAUGUGGUAUGGACGAGCUGACAAGAGUCGCCGAUAAAACGUGAGGGCUCAUUGUAAGGGAAAGCGCGAGGCAGUUCGCCGAUCAGAGGGUCUCGGUGCCGAGGAAGAACGGGAGCAGAAUAUCGAACACUCCUUUAAAAAUCUCGAAAGAAAUCCUUUCUAGGUCCAGGGAUGGCCACCUUUUCACAUCACGGACUUCCCUGUGACGACUCGAUGCAGCAGGUUCCAGCCGAGCUGGACUUGGCCUCUUACGAUUCGGAGGUUGAAACGCCAUUUCUGAAUCCCGGUUUCACCGACCUCUGGUCUUGGGCGGACAGACAGGGCAGCCAAGGACAACACUCCCCGAUUCCCAAAGAUCACCAGGAUUUAACAGGGCAGUGUACAGACAGCGGUACGCACAACGUUUAUUCUCAGUUGCACUGUUGGACAGGUUAUCCCCUGGCAAGCACCGAGCCCUCCCAGUGCGUCCCACCGUCCGGCCCGGAGGAGCGAAUCUUCGUCCCCGGAUCCUUCCAAACCUUGCGUCCGGUCAGCUCGGCGGAGCUCUUGGCGUGGAGAUCUCAGGGUGCCUACGAUGCGGCAGGGGAGGUGGAGACACUAGAGAGCUCGACGCUAGUGGGUCGCGGGCAAACAUUCGAGGCGGGCGCCAGCGACGAGAGUGUGACUUCUUACCCAGGUGCAGAGAUGAUGCUGGACGGAUAUCACACCUCCCUCCCCCACCACUCCUUCAGCAGGCAGUGGAAUGGUACGUCCAGAAGUAACGGGGGACCGGCAGAUCUGAUCGAAUACGGCGCUGGCUGGGAUGGACAUUUAUCCAUCCAUGGUGGCCCAGCCGGUGAAUACACCCUGUCGGAGCCAGCAGCCAAUCGGUCACGCCACGCACCCAGAGACCGGUGCCGAGGUCCCUUUGUACCGAGAGGCCGCACUUCAUGCGGCCCAGGACUGCUUGAAUACGCAGGAAACGGACCCAUCCAACUCUGGCAAUUCCUGCUGGAGUUGCUCCUGGACAAAUCCUGUCAGUCCUUCAUCAGCUGGACUGGAAACGGCUGGGAGUUUAAACUCUCCGAUCCCGAUGAGGUGGCCAAACGUUGGGGCAAUCGGAAGAACAAACCUAAGAUGAACUACGAGAAGCUGAGUCGUGGUCUCAGAUACUAUUACCACCGGGACAUCAUUCAGAAGACGUCAGGCAAACGCUACGUCUAUCGAUUUGCCUGUGACGUCCAAGGCCUUCUGGGAAAGACACCCCAGGAAAUCCACGCUCAUCUGAAUGUCAAACCACGGCCGGGACUUUGAGGAAUUAAAGCCAUUUUUUUCGUGUUAUUUAACAUAAGGUUUGAAGACAGAGAGUGACACAUUGGAUUCACUUGAAAAUUGGAACUGGUAGAAGGUCUAAUGAUUAGAGUCGCUCAGCUCUCAAUCAGGCCCUUCGGCCCAACUCGUUUAUACUGUCCAUCCAAGCUCGUUCAAUUUGCCUGCACUUGGCCCUCGAAACCGUUCCUAUUCCUGUACCUAUCCAAGUGUUUUUAAAUGCUGUUAUUGUACCUGCAUCAACUACUUCCUCUGGCAGUUCGUUCCAUAUAUAGACUGCACUCUGGGUGAAGCAGUUACUCCUCACGUUGACUGUAAUUCUUUCUCCUCACACCUUAAACCUGUGCCGCCGAGCUUUAGACUGCUCUGCCUUAGUGUAAAGCACUGUGUCCGUCCGCUUUAUCUACGCCCCUCAUAGUUUUAUAAACAUCUAAAAGGUCACCUCUCAGCCUCCUUCACUCCAGGGAAAACAGUGCCAGACGCAUCAAUGAAAGGGAAUAAACAUUUUGGGUUGAGGCUCUUCAUCAGGACUGGAAGGAAAAGUGGCACAAGUCAGAAGAAGAAGGUUGGGGUGGGGGGACAGCAAGGAGUAAAUCUGGCAGGUGAUAGUUCAAUCGAGCUGAGACGGGGAAGGUAGGAGGGUGGGGGAGUGGUGACAAAGUGAUUGAUGUGUGAAACGAGGAGGUGAUAGGUGGAAGAAGAGAGGGUCUGACAGGAAAGGACGGUGGAUAUAGAAUGAAGGGGAGGGGCUGGGAACCAGACUGAAGAAAGCGUGGGCUGGUUAUGAUGGUGGGGAGGGGAGAGUGGGUGAGAGGGCAAACAGAAUGAGAGAAAAAAGGGGAUGAGUGUCGAAGAUAGAAACAGAGGAGAGUGGAUACUGGAGGUUAGAGAAAUCAAUGUUCAUGCCAACAAGCUGGAAGCUACCAAGAUAGAAUACAGGGGCCACACAGAUUGCUGGAGAAACUCGGCAAGUCAGGUCGAAGCUAAGCGGGGCAAUAAACCGUCGACAUUUUGGGUCAAGAUCCUUCAUUAGGACUAGAAAGUAAGGAGGCAGCAGCCAAAAUAAAAAGGUGUGGGAGGGGAAGGAGUAAGAAAGGAGGAGGUAGAAAUUUACUGAAGGUUAGAGAAAUCGACCUUCAUUCUAUCAGGUCGGAGGCCGCUCAGACUGUAUAUGAGGUGAUGCUUCUCCAAUCUGGGUUCGGCCUCCUCAUAGCAGUAGAGGAGGCCAUGGGCACACGUUUUGGAAUUGGAAUGGGCGGCCACCUGGAUGUCCUGUCAAAGCAGCCCCCAAAUCUGCAUCGGGUCUCACUGAUGUAGAGGAGACCACACGGGGAAUACUGGGUAUAGUAGAUGGCCCCAUCAGACUUGCAAGUGAAGUGUUAUCUUACCUGGAAGAACUGUUUAGGCACCUGAAUAGUGGUGAGCGAGAAAGUGAAGGGACAGGUGCAUCACUUGUCCCGCUUACAGGGGUAAGAGCAAGGAGAGAGAUCAGGGGAGAGGGACGAAGACAAAGUUCAAAAGUUCAAAGUACAUAUGUGUCACUAUAUACAAUCCCGAGAUUCAUUUUCUUGUGGGCAUUCUGGUGGGGAAACUGCUGGAGUCAGUUAUCAAGGAUGUGAUAACAGCACAUUUGGAAAGCGGUGAAAUGAUCGGACAAAGUCAGCAUGGAUUUGUGAAAGGAAAAUCAUGUCUGACGAAUCUCAUAGAAUUUUUUGAGGAUGUAACGAGUAGAGUGGAUAGGGGAGAACCAGUGGAUGUGGUAUAUUUGGAUUUUCAAAAGGCUUUUGACAAGGUCCCAGACAGGAUAUUAGUGUGGAAACUUAAAGCACACGGUAUUGGGGGUAAGGUAUUGGUGUGGGUGGAGAAUUGGUUAGCAGACAGGAAGCAAAGAGUGGGAAUAAACGGGACCUUUUCAGAAUGGCAGGCAGUGACUAGUGGGGUACCGCAAGGUUCAGUGCUGGGACCCCAGUUGUUUACAAUAUAUAUUAAUGACUUGGAUGAGGGAAUUAAAUGCAGCAUCUCCAAGUUUGCGGAUGACACGAAGCUGGGUGGCAGUGUUAGCAGUGAGGAGGAUGCUAAGAGGAUGCAGGGUGACUUG